CUUCUUUCAAGUGCUUGGAGGCGUAGCCAGUGACUUUCCUCAUAUGAACUGAAUAUACCUGGCAAUUUUUGAGCUUCUUCUCUUUCCUACGGCCUUGUACAAAGUCGCUUUUUAUUUUAUUUAUUUAUGUAAUUGGUCAAAGAUUAAUGUUUGUGAUGUAGGUGUGUUUUGACGUUGACCAAUCUCUUCGCUUCUCUGGCUGAUGAGUAACUUUAAAACUUUUAAAAGGAGCUGUGACUGAAGGGUGUUGUCAAACUUGAAAAUGGAGGCUUUGCUGGCCGAGCUCAAGUUGGAGUGGUUAAACGUAAGCAGUCUACUCUUAUUUCUGUGCGUUUUUCUCCUCGUGUACGAUGUCGUCAAGCAUAGGAUUCCUAAAAACUUCCCCCCUGGACCAUGGGCUCUUCCUCUCGUCGGCGACAUGCACCGUGUUAGUCCCCAGAGAAUUCACCUGCAGUUAGCACAGCUUGCAAAGAAGUACGGAAACAUUUACAGCCUUCGCCUGUUUGGUGAGCGGGUGGUGAUCUUGAACGGCUACAAGUUGUUCCGAGAAGCUCUGGUGGACAACGGAGAUGACUACUUGGAUCGACCUCCCGUGCCUAUAUUUAACGAAAUACCUCAAAAUCAAGGUCUGGUCAUGACAAAUGGAUAUUUGUGGAAGCAGCAGAGGAGAUUCGCUCUUCACACUCUCAGGAAUUUUGGCCUCGGAAAAAAGACGCUGGAGCCAUCGAUGCAAGAGGAGACCAACUAUCUCAACGACGCAAUCGCCCAGCAUCAAGGCAAGCCCUUCAAUAUCCAUCCGGUGAUGAACAACGCCAUUUCCAACAUCAUCUGCUGCCUGGUACUGGGUGAACGAUUCGAUUACAAUGACAAGCAGCACCGAGUCAUUCUUGACAUGUUAAACAAGAUACAAGGGCUUCAGGAAUCUCCUUGGAUCCUUGUUUACAACACAGUGCCCUGGCUGAUGCGAUGGCUCCCUGGACCUCACCAGAAGUUGCUCACACUGGUGCGGUUGAUUGCUGAGUUCAUGGAGAAGAAAGUCAACGAACACAGAGAAACCCUGAAUCCGUCCUCACCAAGAGACUACAUCGACUGUUUUCUGAUUGAGAUGGGAGAGAAGGAAGAUAAAGAUGCCGGCUUUGAUCUUAGAAAUUUGUGUUUUGCUGCGAUGGACUUGUUUGGUGCCGGCUCUGAAACGACUACUACUACUCUACGAUGGGCCUUGGUAUACAUGAUGAAUUAUCCACACAUACAAGAGAAGGUUCACGCUGAGAUCGACGCUGUGAUUGGCUCGUCCCGUCAACCGUCCAUGGCAGACCGAGACAACAUGCCUUACACGAAUGCGGUCAUCCAUGAGACCCAGAGGAUGGCCAACAUCGUGCCCCUGAAUGUGAUGCGCAUGACGUCCAGGGAGACCAAGCUGGACAAGUACACAAUACCAAAGGGAACCUCAAUUUUCCCCACGCUGGACUCUGUCCUUAAUGACAAAUCCAUGUGGGAAACCCCACAUUCCUUCAACCCCGGACAUUUCCUCGACAAGGAUGGAGGCUUUAGGAAGAGGGAUGCCUUUGUCCCUUUUUCAGCUGGCAAACGAGUGUGUCUCGGGGAGCAGCUGGCAAGGAUGGAGUUGUUCCUCUUCUUCACUUCCUUAAUGCAGAGGUUCUCUUUCUGUAUGCCUGAGGGUCAGCAGCCAAGUCUGGAUUAUAGAUUAGGAUUCAUUCGCAUCCCCAAACCUCACCACCUCUGUGCUGUGCCUCGAUGAAAGACCAGCUGAAACCUGGCGUCUUACAUCAGUCUGGAAAUCACUCACCAAGAUCAAGACAAACGUUGUCAUUGCUGAUACAUUGUUGUGUAUGUCUGAACCACCCAGUGAUGAGGGCGGGUGCAGAGCAUGUAACGGAGUAGUUAAUGGAGUUUGUGCUCAGCUUCAGCUUGUUGUUCACAAAAAUGAACAAAUGAAAAUUCCUGAAGUUUUCCUACUUCAUCUUAUGUUUUGUGUUUUUAAACUUAAUGUUGCUGCAUCCCUCAUUCAACGGUCCGACCCAACUUUCACAGGUCAGUGAAGAGAGGCUGGCUAAUAAUUGACUCUGACUCUGAUUUGAGGCUUGUGUUUUUGGGCAAUGUAGUCGUCUUUCUGCCUCAAAAUGUUCCUUCUUUGUUCAGAUCCUGCUCUGCAGAAAUGACGGUGAGUUCAGCUGAGAUUGUGUUGUCUCAGUUCAAGACAUUUUGGCCCUUGGAAGAAGUCCAGCACUGAUCUAAUGGCCAAUAAAGGCUCCAACUGCAGUAACUGACUGCUGUCCCAGAAAGAUAAAGACAUGAUAAAUGUCAUGGACUAAACUAUCAAAGAGUAUAAUGCCCUGUUGCUUGGGGACAGUCCUGGCGACUCAUAAUAAAACACCUGUUGUAUGGCACCGUCUCCUCUAAAUUGUACUGAUUUUCAUCUGUUCAAAAACGGUUGCCUCUUCUUUGAUGAGCAUUUUCUUCACGUGAAUACAGAAGCUGAGUGGAAAUGUUAUCUAACUGUGGUCUCUUAGGCAGAAAAGGCACCUCACCUAAAUUGAAAUAAAACCUAUG